UUCAUGCUCCUGUCGGGCUCGCGGCGCCCAGCGCAGCAUCCUCAGCUGCCUCAUGAAAACAUCUGGUCUGUGCAUAUGAGGAGUAGAUGUCCUUAUGGGCUCGUCACAUAAGCAGGUAUACACGUCUUUAAUAAAUCUGUGAAAGAGCAAUGAGUGCCGGUUAUUUGGAAAAUUACACCCAGCGGUGUGUAGUUAUCUUGAACACACCCCGCUGAGCCCCCCGAUAUUGUUCAAGGGGAAUAAUAAUGGCUGCACAGGAGCCGUCUCCACCAUCUUCCCUGGAAGGCAACAAGCCGGGCUUCCCAAAGAAAAUUUUGGCCAACAACCUGGAAGACAAGCACUUGUGCAACUCGUGUCAGAAAAUCCUGCGGAGGCCCUUGCAAGCCCAAUGUGGUCACCGCUUUUGUUCGUUCUGUUUCAACAAAAUUGUGAGUUCUGGACCACAGAACUGCAGUGCAUGCAUCAAAGAAGACUUGUUUGAAGAACCUACCUCUAUUCUCCAUCAAGGUGGUGCAUUCCCAGAUAAUGCAGCCCGGAGAGAGGUGGAGGCCUUGGCUGCAGUCUGUCCUAACGAAGGCUGCAUAUGGACUGGAACUAUCAAAGAAUUUGAGGCCGGCCAUGAGGGGAACUGUGACUUCAUGAUCAUCAUGUGUCCUUCAUGUAAAGAGCUGAUGAGAGCAAACGAACAGGAGCGCCACAACGAGAGGGAGUGUCCAGAGAGGACGCUCAACUGCAAAUACUGCAAGGAGCCGUUCCUGUUAAAGAACAUCAAGGCCCACGAUGAGAUCUGUCCCAAGUACCCAAUGAUCUGUGAGGGCUGUGCAAAGAAAAAGAUCCCCAGAGAAAAGUAUGUGGACCAUAUUAAGUUCUGCAGUAAAUUUAAAACACCAUGCAGAUUUCAUGUUGUUGGCUGCGAUACGUCUGUGGAGAAAGAGAAGAUCCAUGACCACGAGCGGCAGUGUUCAUACGAGCACCUCAACCUGCUUCUGCAUUUCAUCAUGGGUAUCAAGGUGAGUCUGGAGAGCCUGCAGCCCCAGAGCCUGGAGGUGGCCAGCCAGAAGCUGCAGGAGCUCCACCAGUCCCUCAGGGAGCUGGAGCUGAAGAUGAGCCAGCUGGGUGGGGGUGGUGCAGCACCCAUACAGGGUGCAUGUGCCCCCACUCUGACCACCUCCUUCACCCCGCUGCCCAGCGCUAUGGGUGCUGCGCUGGAGCUGCAGCUGCAGAGUGAAAAGACCAAAGUGGCUGAGCUGAGCUGGCGCUGCCAGGAGCUGGAGCUGAAAGUCAACACGUUUGAAAACAUCGUCUGCGUCCUCAACCGAGAGAUGGAGCGCUCCUGUGCCACCAUGGAGGCUUACAACCGCCAGCACCGACUAGACCAGGACAAAAUAGAGAUCCUAAACAACAAGGUUCGUCAGCUGGAGAGGACGGUGAGCCUGAGAGACCUGUCCAUCGUGGAGAUGGAGGGGAAAAUGAGGGAGAUGUCUGCAGCAACCUAUGAUGGCGUCUUUAUCUGGAAAAUCUCCGACUUCACCAAGAAGAGGCAGGAUGCUGUGGCUGGCCGCGCCCCUGCUAUGUUCUCCCCCGCAUUUUAUACGAGUAAAUACGGCUACAAAAUGUGCUUGCGGAUCUACCUGAAUGGCGACGGGACGGGCCGCGGUACCCACUUGUCUCUAUUUUUUGUGGUGAUGAGAGGACACAGCGACGCUCUCCUCAAGUGGCCUUUUAAUCAGAAGGUUACCCUCAUGCUGCUUGACCAGAACAACAGGGAGCACAUAAUUGAUGCCUUCCGGCCCGAUGUCUCCUCCUCGUCCUUCCAGAGGCCGGUCAGCGAUAUGAACAUCGCCAGUGGCUGUCCGCUCUUCUGUCCGCUCUCCAAGCUGGACUCUAAAAACUCCUACAUACGUGACGACACCAUCUUCAUCAAGGCCAUUGUAGACCUCACAGGGCUGUAAACAAAACGUGAGGGUGUAAAUCCAGUUCUGCCUUUUGUUGCUACUAACUUGUCUGAUCAGUUGACCUUUGUACUGUAUCAUCAGAAACUGACAUUUCUCUCUGAGAUCGGUUUGUUUCUUUAGGUUUUUGGAUGAAUUUUCAGUGAGAUUGAGCUUUUGGCUAUUAGCUGGUAGGUUUUCAAUCAAACUGAGUUUUUAUUCAGCAGAGCAGUAAAUAUCUACCAAAGUGCACCCACAUAUUGAAAUCUGGUGGGUAAUGCUAUUUUCCCUCCAUCAUUUUAACUAACAGAGGUUUUCCAAGAAAUCGAAACACAUAAUGCUUGUUAAAUUAUUUGACAAGUACAACACUGCCUCUAAUGUUCGGCCAUCGUAUUGUGGCUUUUUGUACCAUUGAUGAGGCUCAUCAUCUUCAGUUCUACAAAAAAGUGGCAGAAAAUCAAGCUUAUUAUGUGCUGCAGGUGACAAAUGAAGCUCUGGUUGUUGCAAAAGUGAUUGUUUCAGAUAUUCCCAAAUAACAGUGAGCCUUUUGACCAGCGAUACUUAAGAGAGGAAGUAAGUUACAUCACCUUUAGACACGGUAGUAGAUGAAGUAUGUCUCUGAUGUUGCUACGUACUGCCUAACAUUUGGUCAGAUUGACAGAUUUUUGUUCCUAUUGUUUCUCAUGAUGACUGGUUUCCAGCAGCAGUGUCGGUAUCGCUCAGCUUUGCACACAGUUUAAGGUGCAGUCGGACUUUAAACUGGUUUACAGUUUUUUAAACAUUUCCGCGUCCACCUCUGGGGUCUUGUGUUUGCUGGUAAUCAUUUGUGGUGCACAUUGUUUGAAUUCCAUGAAUUCUGAGUAUUUCAGUGGUGAUUGUUUCUGUGUAUGUUGAUGUGUGGAUGCUGUUCAUUUGUUUUGUUUGUUUGCUGUUAGUUUCAUGUUGGAUCUGUGAAGGCUGCACUGUAGCUUGCAGCUGUUUCUCUGCUGCUUGCCCAGGAAAUCUUAACAGCGAUGGUAGUCGAGGAUAUUUGCCCAAAUGGAAAAAUGACAUAUUUUAUUAGAAAUAAACAUAUAUUUGCAUACAAAUUUGGAUAAACUCUGUAAAUAUCUUUUAAUAGUAAACUUAGUAUUUUUUUCAUUAUUGGCUCCUUCAUCUAGCAUUCAGUGGGGCAUGGGUUGUGUUGUGGGACACUUGAUGCUCAUUGUGAGGAGUUGCUUUCAGCUUGAUGUCUG